AUGGAGUACCAGUCAGUGGUCCGGCUGAAUUCCUGUCUGGAUCACGCACAGUGACUCUUUUCUGGACCUCUGUUGUUUUAUCUGUUUUCCUGUAAAAGCUGACAUGGUGCCAGUGGGUGGAGGAAUAUCCACCGAGGCGAAGGAUGCGGAUGAAAACGUUCAGCAGAUCUGUGAUAAAGUGAAGCCUCAUGUGGAAGAAAAGGCGGGGAAGACCUAUGAUGUUUUCACCGCCAAGAGCUACAGGACUCAGUGUGUAUGUGGGACAAACUACUUCAUCAAGGUCCACAUCGGCGGAGAUGAUCACAUCCACCUCCGUGUUUGGAAAAAACUCCCAUGCAAUGGAGGAGACGUUGAGCUGAGUGACAUGCAGGACUCCAAGAGCCACCAUGACCCCAUUGAGUACUUCUAAAGGGGCCACAGUGCAGGCAAAGGUCCGGAGGCCGGCGGUGAAGACAUCAUACCAUCAAUAUGCAGCGAUUGUAGUUCAAAGUGCACCUCACAUAUCAGUAAAAUACAGUGUAAACUGUUUACUCCUCUGUAUCUAUGAAACAUCACAUGGAGGACGUUUUUAAAUGAACUUCUGCAAAUCACAUGUUCUAAAAUGUGGUUUAUUCUACCAGGCCUCCUGCUGUAUGACGCAUAGCUUAAAAUAUGAGUUUAUAAGCAGUUUGUUAAUUCCUGAUGCCAUUAGUCACAUCUCCGUUGCAUCUUGUGACUGAUGUCCCUCGUCUGCACGCAGUACUGCCAAUAAAUGCUGACGCGCGUGUCUCUG